CCCAGUGUAUUCCUUUAAUCUGUGGCGGGCAGACGCUUAUUUGGUUCCCACAAAAAUGAUUCGGUUCUUAAAUAAUUUAUUCAACUCCUGCUUUAACGCGGGCGUGAAAGUUUGUACGCGUGCAGUGCUGAUUGUUAUAAGUGCCGUUAUCUAUCAGCUGUUUGUUAUUGUGGAAGUGUUCUUGAACAGCUACCAUUUGGUGUAUCCGCCGUACUUGGAAAAGCCGAUAAUGGAAAUUCAAAAUUUCAUAUCCAAAGUUUUUGGGUUCAUUAUGAGAGUUGUUGCUACUGAGACUAACAUGCUGAAUGGAUUCAUGCGAAGGUUCCUCCGGUUCCUGGUGUCAUUGUUGACGAUCAUAGUAUAUCCUUUGACAUAUUUUCUAAGCAUAAAGCGAACGAGAAAAUGUCCGCCUCCCGUAAACCCCAUACUGUUCAAAUCUGCUACUACUUUGACAAUGAUGAUCAGAAACAAACAGAUCACUUCAGAAGAAGUGGUAACAGCAUACAUAGAGAGGUGUAAAGAAGUAAAUCCGUUUCUCAACGCCAUCGUAGAGCCGCGGUAUGACGCAGCCCUGAGGGAAGCCCGGGCCAUAGACAAGAUGAUUGCGUCAACUACCCGCACUCCAGAGGAACUGGCGAAGGAAUACCCUCUGUUGGGCGUACCCUUCACCGUGAAAGAGAGUAUCGCUGUCGAAGGCAUGAGCAACGACUGCGGAACAGUCUACCCGUACCGAAACCCUGCCAAAGCAGACGCUGCGAUAGUGCGCCAGGCCCGAGCAGCAGGGGGAAUCCCCAUAGCAGUCACGAACACCCCCCAGCUGUGCAUGAACUGGGAGACGUAUAACAACGUGGUGGGAGUCACCAUGAAUCCGUAUGAUCAGAAGAGGACCACUGGAGGGUCGUCGGGUGGAGAGGUGGCGCUGAUAUCGUCUGCAGCUUCAGUGAUUGGUAUGGGAUCAGACAUCGCCGGGUCCCUGCGGCUGCCUCCCAUGUUCACUGGGAUCUUUGGACAUAAACCCACGCCCAGGCUGUUAUCUGUCGAAGGUCAUGUGCCAGACAGCAGAGACGAAGACUUCGAAGAAUACUUCGCCCUUGGCCCCAUAACUCGUUAUGCCGAAGACCUGACCCUACUUUUGAAAAUCUUGAGGCAGCCAAGCGGCCCUGACGUACCUUUGGACAAGCCUGUGGACGUAACUAAGCUAAAAUACUACUACAUGAAUGGGGAUAACAGCAACGUGACUAAUUCAAUAGGACCUGAUGUAAGAAAAGCUAUGGAAAAAGCAAGGGAAUACAUGAAAACUACUUACAACAUUGAAGUACAAGAACUCAAGAUCAAGAACAUCGAACACAUGUGGGAGAUCAGCAUCCGAGUACUUCUCCACCUCAAAAAGAUCCGCAACAUCUACACCGACCCGGAGAACCCCGACAAACUCAAGUCAAUGUGGCCUGAAGUCCUCAGGAGAAUAGUCGGCCUAACAGACAAUAACUUCACGUGUGUGGCUUAUGGACCUCUCAUGAGGUUGUCUAACACUUUACCAAAAAGCAAUUAUGAUAAAAUGAUAAAGAUUUUCGAAGAGGUGAAAGCAGAGUUUCAAAGGGUCCUGGCUGAUGACGGUGUCCUGUUCUUCCCGACGUUCCCCUACACAGCUGACCUGCACUACAGAAUCUACUACAAAUUCCUGAACUGCAGCUACCUCACCAUAUUCAAUGCGUUAGGGUUACCCGUUACAGCGUGCCCUAUAGAUUUCACACCGAAAGGUCUACCAGUCGGUAUACAAAUUGCUGCCAAUAAAUCCAAUGACCAUCUAACUAUAGCUGUGGCUAAGGAGUUUGAAAAAGCCUUUGGUGGAUGGGUCCCGCCCAAUAAAGAUCUCUUAACGAACGUCAAAACAGCUUAGGGCUUCAGUACAACUUUCGGAACAUGGGACAGGAAAUGACUAAAUGAAGGUAGUAAGGUAAUAAUGGUAAUGCCAUUUUGAUGACAUAGUUGUUUGGGAUUGGCAGUAAAUUAUUGUAUAUUUUUAAAGCGGGACAGGACCGUGAAACAAUCGGUUUACAUGGACUGAGCAUUGUGUUCGAUUGCUAACUUGUAACGUAUGUAAUCCGUGUCGAACAAGACUAUCUGUCAAGUAAAUAGUAUAAAAUGCAGGUAGGUAAGUAUUAUUGUUUAAAAUAAUUUGAAUGUGUGCAAUAUUUUAACAUCACAAACAAACUUCACAUAGUACCUACUACGAUAUUGGUGCCUAUUUAUUAAAUUUAAUAAAAUAUUAAUUAUAACUCGUAAUUUUGUGGUCUAAAAUAUUCUUAGGCACCAAUCUACAUCACACAUCUAAAGCUCAGACUGUAAGUGAUAUUUAUUUGUAAGUAAUUUUAUAUGGGACCAAUUUUCUCAAGUUAAUAACUACUUAGAUAUUCUUUAAUUUUUUUUAACCACCGUUUGACAAAAGCAUUAAAAUUAUGAUUGACUGCAUUGGCUGAAUGAAUCGUAGAAAAUGAUUGUUCAAGUGACAAUUAAUUAAUCGUCGUCGUCGUCGUUUCAGCCGAAAGACGUCCACUGCUGGACAAAGGCCUCCCCCAAGGAUUUCCACAAAGACCGGUCCUGCGCCGCUUGCAUCCAGGUAGUUACUUCCCGCGACCUUCACCAGAUCGUCGGUCCACCUAGUGGGAGGCCUGCCCACGCUACGUCUUCCAGCUCGUGCAAUUAAUUAAUACUGUACUAGAAUUCCGAAACCGAGUGUAGGUCAGUGUUUAACUUUCUCUGCACAAUUAACACCUAAGGCGAUGGAAAGACUACUUAAAUUAAUAACCUACUAUUAUCCAAAUAUACCAACGAUAGAAAUGUAGUUCAAUAAUCAAAAUACAAGGCUAUGAUGUUACUGACACAUUAUAAACUUAUGAUAAUUUUAAUUGUAACAAACAAUAAAUCAAAUAAUAUCUCAAUUUCACGGAUAAGAAGUAAUCUGAAUAAAAUGUAUGACAUGUGUAAUGUGUAUAGAGUUAAUGAAUUAUGAAAGCGUAUUAAGCCUAGCCGCAGACUCCAGACUUUUUGUCGACCGAUAGUUGAGUCGAGGUGUUAUUAAUCACUAUGGACAAUAACGAAUGAAAGUGGGCACAUUAGUGGGCACUAGGUACACCGAUUUGAUAUCGUCCGAUUCUUCAUACUAAUUAGAAUCGGACCCAACUAUCUGCCGACAAAAAGUCGGUGGCAUACUUACAGUUUUCCAUGUGAUCAAAAUCGAUAGGUUUUGGUAACUUUUUAUUCUUAUAUCUUUUAGGUGUCUGCUUCUUCUAUGCUUUUCUCCAUUAAUCUGUUUUUCUUUGUUGGUGAAAAGAGGAUGUUAAAAUAAUAUAACGGUAUUGUUUUAAUAAUUGUAAUAAGAAAACCUUGCCAAAUUUUAAUCACUUUUUGAUCGUGUUGUGAGCAUGAUUUGAAAGUUAUUUAAUUCCAAAAUCCUGUGAUGUUAUAAUUACUUUAAUAAUGUUUAGAACAAUGUAAAAUACAAUUUAGUGUAGGUAGUUAUUUGGAGCAGGAAGUAAAAAUAUACGUAAGUAAUUGUAAAUUAAGUACAUACUUACACUAAUAAUGACAUAAAACAUUUUGUGA